AUGACAGCGUUCCUUCUGUGCCACAGGGAACUUCAGGAUCUGACUUGCCGCCUUGCCAACACCCUGAAGAAAUACGGGAUCCAGAAAGGGGACAGGGUGGCCAUCUAUAUGUCUGUGUCCCCCCUGUCAGUGGCUGCCAUGCUGGCCUGUGCCAGGAUCGGUGCUGUUCACACCGUGGUCUUCGCUGGAUUCAGCGCCGAGUCCUUGGCUGGGAGAAUCAUGGACUCUGGAUGCAAAGCAGUUAUCACAUACAACCAGGGAGUCAGGGGAGGCCGAACCAUAGAGCUGAAGGCAACUGUGGAUGAAGCUGUGAAGAACUGUCCAAGCAUCAAACAUGUGUUUGUGGCUCAGAGGACAGAUAACAAAGUCCACAUGGGCGACCGAGAUAUUCCCCUUGAAGAGGUAUGUUCUUGUUGGAUAACUCCUUUUAGGUCUGAGUGCUGGCCAGGAUAAUCUUUCUCUCCAUAAGUGCU